AUGCGUCUGAAAGAUUAUCUCGCUAAAAGGUUCGAGCCGCUCCUCGAGCGUCUCGAGGACAAGCUCGAGGAGAAAGGCAAAAUGCAAAAGGCCCAGCAGCUUCGACACAAACAAUUCAAAUGGCACAGCUAUAUCCCUGAACUCCGAGAAGUUAUUUUCUUAUACUUUCAACUUACGUAUAUCAUCCGCUUCAAGAUACAACGCGAAGCCUAUCUACAAAUACAGCAUGGCACCCUCUUCCAGCAACUUGAGGCGAAUCCAUCAGGGGCAGAUACCCUGGUAACCGAGAUGCAGAACAUUCAAAAGCAGCUUCAAGACAUCAACCGGGAGAUCUGGAAUGUAGAGCGAGGUUUCGAGUCUGCAUUCAGACUUCUUCCAGAAGGGCCCUUCAAGCGCGCUUUAGAUACCAGUCGUCGAAACAAUCAUUUCUAUACUACGAAGUUUUGCCAGACCCAGUGUGUAUCUGUGGGUGGAUGUUGUGGGCGUGAGUGUGGUUGUUGCACGAGGCCUCGAAACCCUAAGCGGCCAUAUCAUUUUUCGCAUUGUACGGCGAUGUGUAAGUGUUGUGAGGAUGCGAGGGGCUUCAAGAUCGAGGUCAAUCCUUCAAACCCUACGGAGGAUCCUAUGUCUGUAUCCGUUCCGGUUACAGAUGCAGACAUGAAAGGAUCAAGCCGUUUCUAUGGGAGGGAUUUAGUUAGUGCUUGUGUCUGGGGAUAUUAG